AUGGACGUCUUCGCGCAGAGUCGAGAAGAUGGCGAUUUAUUUGCCGACGAAUAUGAAACUACCUCUUAUGUCAUUACAAAUCCAGUAACACCAACAAGUCCAGAAUCUUCUGGUAAAUUUAACCAAUUAUCGCUGCCAUGCACACCUACCGAGCCUCAGAAUCCAUCAGUGACUACAACCAGUAAUACCACGCCUAAAAGUACCAAACAAGGACUGAGUACUAGUCGAUAUGCUCCAAACCCACUCGCAAUGGAAAAGGCCUCCUUCGCUUCUGGCGGUGACUUGGGAACCCCUGCUAAAUCUUCUAGCAGCUCAGCAUCGCGCUCAAAUCCAACGCCUACAACAACCAAGAAAUCAUCUGAAGCUCCUCCAUCUAUUGCUAAUGCCACUCCCAACCCGCCUCGAAUACCAGCGGUUCGCGGUGACCGAUCCCUCACUGGUGGUCCCUCAAAAGUCAAGCUCACUGAGGCCGAACUCUUUGCCAAGCUUGAAAAGAUGAGAAUACUAAAUGCAUCAAAAGAAGAAAAACACCGCCUCCAAGAAGCCGACCAAGCUGCGUUUAAGUCUCAGGACGCGGAGAUUGCACGGAAAUUCCGAGAACAGCAGAAGAAGGAGCUUGCACAACGCAUUGAGCUUGAAAAGGAGCGUCAGAAGAACCGCGAGCGAAAAAUGAAAUCGAUGGGAGGACGAGAGUGGGACAGUGGAAAAGACAGCAGAGAUGAGCCGUUGCAAGAUUCCUUAAAACACUAUAUCGAAACCAUAUCGAAACAUCCUGUAAAAGAUUAUAGGGAACAGACUAUUAAAGAUUCUAUUGUGAAAUCUAUGGAAAAAUCCGCAAAGAUGCUAAUUAAGGAAUCUCGGGGACAGCCCGUGAAAGAACCUAUGAAAGAGCCUACUAGUCAGUCUAUUAAAGAAGCUGUUAAACAGACUGUGAAAGAACCUGCUAAACAGCCUAUUAAAGAAGCUGUUAAACAGACUGUGAAAGAACCUGCUAAACAGCCUAUUAAAGAAGCUGUUAAACAGACUGUGAAAGAACCUGCUAAACAGCCUAUUAAAGAAGCUGUUAAACAGACUGUGAAAGAACCUGCCAAACAGCCUGUGAAAGAACCUGUGAAACAGCCAGUGAAAAAAUCUGUGGAAGUAACGCGGAAGCAGCCCAUAAAAGAGACAAGAACCUUGAUCGAAAAUUCCACUAAACAGCCUGUGAAAGAACCUGUAAAACGCUCUAUAAUAGAAGAGUACAAUCCAAAAGAUUUUAUGAACCUUCGAGUGACCGAGUAUCCUCCUAAGAUCGAAUAUGAUGGAUUGAAGUUAGAUGGGCUGGCCGAAAGUCGACAUGCGAUUCCACCUAAACCAAAAACUAACUCGUCGAAUGACGGGUUAUCAGGAAGCAGAUAUGCAAGCCAACCGAAACCAAGGGCAGAAUCGACUUCACCAAAAUCAUAUAAACCCUAUCGACCUAAUUAUCGCUAUAGCAAAGCUCCUGAGAUGCCCAGUAGAUAUGGUGCAUCCAACAAUUCGAUCAGUAGGGAGGUGACAGCUCUGCCCUUGAGUGCUCACGAUUUUCCCGCACUUCCUUCUCUAGUGCGCAACGAGGUUUCCCAGAAAUCAGGUUCUACCACUCCCACCCCCGCUAAAGUCACGCCGACACCUAGGAAAGUCUCCUUAGGACCACCAAAGCAGCGACAGACGCGAGAUUGGGCCGAAGAGAUGACAAAUUUGGAGGAAAAAGCUAUGGUAGUCGGGGCAACUGCAUAA